AUGUCAAGGUACAUAUACUCAAGUGCUUCUUCAUACUGGAGAGGACGUGACAGCUACGACGACCUUGGCGGUUACGAUAGUGACCAGCAUCGCAGACACAGAGAUUCGAACCGGCGCCGCCGAGACAAGGACCGAGAUGACCGGCGUCGUGACCAGUCCAACUUUCACCGGGACCCCCUGGGGGUGAUGGCUGAAGGUCUCGGCAAGUUUGUCAAGAAGUCAUUUGGAGUGGGCGACAGCAGUCGAACCAAGAAAACGCCUUUCUCGUGGGCGUAUGUUGGACAAUCCACAUCUAAAUCCGAUCUUUGCAGCCGGAAAGACGAGGAAGACCGCAAGCACCGUGCCAAGGCCUCCAGGCGGUCAUCGAGGGAGUACGCGUACCAUGACGAUGAGUAUGGCUACCGUCGGCGAUCUACUGACCGAAUUAGUGAACCUUGGCCGCAGUACGGAGAAUAUCACCAACAACAUCAGUACCACUGGGUCGACAACCAGUAUGCAUACCCCACCGCCGCGACAAGCCGUACGUCGCGGAGGUCUUCAGUUUCGCAUGCCUGGAUGCCUGAGAUGUCGGGGGGAUAUUACCACAGCUACUGGCGGCCGUCGAGGGGUGAACCAGAGUACCACUUUGACAAAGAACGGAGACGCAGGGAAAAGACACAGACGACACCGGUGGAGACGGACGGACGAUACGCGCAAUCUGGGUCCAAGCACCGUUCCUCUAGAACCAAGAGAGGGUCGACAUCGUCAACCAAGCCUCAAGUGCCAUCGGUGCAACCCGACGAACGGCAGGAUGGACUCAGAUACCGGUACUACAGGGUGAAGCACGGAGCUAGAUACCCGACCCAGACGGAGCAGCCGAUACCGAUGACGCCAGUGAGCCCGAUGUACCCAGUGGCACCGACAACACCACUGACGCCGACGACACCGACGACGCCAAAGAAGGUGCGGUUUGAGGGUAUCUAUGAGCGAUCGGAUAUUUCGGAUUAG